GUUUGUUUCGCCGUGCCGCCGUUGUACGGGCUCAUGCACAUGAUAGUGUUUGUUGUGGUAAAAUCGCAGCGAUCAAACGUGCUGCGGCAAAGAUGCAAAAUGUUUUGACCACAGCAGGCUUCGAAUAGCAUGCUUGCGCACUCUAAAACAACAUGGAGGAACAAAAAAAUACAGUAAAAUAGUGGCCUAUCCAUCCCAUCGAGCACAACAGUGAAGCAUGCAAUGUAUUUAUUCACAAUGGGUUUUGUCGCGCGCGCUGGCCUGCAGUCGCAAAUGCAUAACAGACGGUCCCAGUGUUUGUCAUAUUGUGCAUGCAGAUGUGUACAGCUGCAUCCCUUAGGUAAACCAACACACGUUCAGAUGAAAUGAUGAGUGUAGUGUGCUUACGUAAUAUUUGUGAUCGAUAGGCUGUAUUCUCAUAGAAAAUAUUUUUAUUUGUUUUAUCCGUAUUUAUAAGGAUCUCUCUAUAUAUUUCCAGCUGUUAAGAGCCCUUGGAAAUAUGAGCCAAACGUCAGAGCCUUCAGCCGAUGCUGCUGUGACUGAAGCUCCAGUUUCUCAGUCUGAAACCAAGCAAUCACCAGCAGGGAAGAAACAAAACAAAAAGAAAGUGGAAGAAGUGGUGGAGGAAGAAGAAGAGUAUGUUGUGGAGAAGGUUCUGGAUCGGCGCGUGGUAAAGGGAAGAGUGGAGUAUCUCCUCAAGUGGAAAGGCUUUACUGACGUGGACAACACCUGGGAACCAGAGGAAAACCUAGACUGUCCUGACCUCAUAGCAGAAUUCCUUCAGUCACAGAAAACGGCUGAAUCUGGAGGCAAGAGGCGGGCAGAGUCAGACGGAGAUGGAAAGGAGACUAAAAAGCGCAAGGAUGAGCCUGAGAAACUCAGAGGUUUUGCACGUGGUUUGGAUCCUGAGAGGAUUAUUGGUGCUACAGACUCAAGUGGAGAACUCAUGUUCCUCAUGAAAUGGAAAAACUCUGAUGAAGCUGAUCUAGUACCAGCCAAGGAGGCGAAUGUAAAGUGUCCACAAGUGGUCAUCUCCUUUUACGAGGAACGUCUCACCUGGCAUUCAUACCCCACUGAAGAGGAAGAGAAGAAGGAUGACAAAAACUAGACACACACAAAAAAACAAAGAUGUAAGGGACCGUCAAUAUCAGUCAUGGCCAUUGGUAUGCUUGUUUUGUUCUUCAUUUUUUUUUAAGAUGGCAAAGGAAAACUGUCAGAAACAUUUGUAAAAAGCAACAGUAUAAACUGUAAUCUACAUAGGUUUCAGCGUAUUUUAGUUUGGGCACCGUUUCCAUAGAUGAAGCAAAUAGAACACUGCUGUUUCAGUGUGCUUGACAGGUGACUUUGCACAUUUAAUGUACUCUUCAUGCUUUCCAUUGACGGAAACAUUCAGAUCAUGUUUUGAAGGAGAAUCACAGUCUGAUAUUCCUACAUGUGAAAUAGUGUUCUUUACAUGUUAGAAAUGUUGAACAUUUACCCCCCCUACCCUGUGUAGAUUAUAGUGUUUAGUCUAUCAUACUGGGUCCGUUUCAUUUGAUGCUGUAGCUGUCUCAAAAAACGUCCUGAUGUAUUCCACAAUUCUUUAAUUUUAUGUAUAUAUAACUAAUGUUAAAAUAUUACUGCCUUAACAGAUUAUUAAGAAAAUGACAUUUUUAUACAUCUGUCAAUGCAGGUGGUCAUUGAACGCAUGACUGUAUCUAGGCCCAUGGUAAAAGAGGUGUAAGAUAUAGGCCUUAUUCGACGUUCAGAACUGGCUUUGAUACGAUUGGUUUUAUAAGGACAUGCCAGCAGCUGUUAAUCUUCAGUGUUUGUUUGCCCAUGACGUGUCUGGUCUCACCAUUGGUGCUAUUUGUGAGUCAGCCCCAUUGUCUUUCUUGACAUUUGUGUUUGUAAGUAUGUUUGCCAUUUCCUAGCACAUCAGUAUCACUGUGUACAGUCAGCUGAAGUUUGGUUUUUACUUUGAUACGUUUGUCUUAUUACUGUUACACAACAAAGUAGAAGAUCUUUAACAUUUGUUCACCUGUAGACAUUUAAAGUACUUUUUUAUGUUCUAAGCUUUAACGAUUGUAUGCUAGUUUUGUUUAACCAUAUUAUUAUCGCACAUUAUCAGAGCAUUUGCCAAUGAAAUACCAUUUUCAAAAAUAAAAAUCUUUGUUGUAUUUCUGUCAAAAUUGGUCAUACUUAUUUAUGCUUAUACUUACUCUGAAUGAGGUCAAUGGCCAAUACUUUUUAAUCUUGGUGAAAUAUAUUAUCUACAUAUACUGGGAUUCCCUUUUUUCCCCCCAGCUGAACCCCUUUGACAUGAAAUAUUUUUGUGAAGUA